AUGUCGCCCACUUCACAAGCUCCGCCGACCUCGUCUCAGGAAUCAUCUCCAAACCUUAUCUCCCGGAACGAUGCCUCGCGCGCACAAGUAAUACACGCAGUUUCUGUUGUCUCCGUAAUUAUCUGCCCUCUAAUCCUCGCGCUGCCUCCUCGAAAAUUGGAUAUAUACACCCUAGCACUCCUUACUGGAACAUUUACCGGUGGCAACCAGCUAGCACAAACGUAUACGGGUCGCAGCAUAGUUGCGCGGAUACAAGAAGCAUCUAUGGGCAAACAAACGCUCCCACAAUUGGCUUAUGAUACGGCAAUAGCGAAGGAAAAGGGAACUUUGGGACAAAAAGCAUUUGAACGUCGUGUUGAUUCAAGGGAUGGGCUAGCCGGACGGAUGAAUACUGAGGCCCCAACAACGAAUACGAGAAUACUAGAAGAGCUUCGAAGGAAGAAAGAAGCUGAAGAAGGAGCGAAUUCAAGAGCCGUGCUAGAAAAUAGUGAUCCAAGAGCCGAGAAACCAGACUGGAAAAAAGAACGGGAUAAGAGAGAGCAAGACGCCUUCGAGGAAGGGAAGGGAUAUGGUGAUCUGAUCAUGGAUCAGAUCUGGGAGGUAUGGAGCUGGGGGAAACAAGCGGGGGAGGGUGUGAAGACGAAGGAUGAGAAACCUACGACAACUAGGGAAGGUAAAUGA